CUAUUGUAAAUAAAUACACACAAAUAUACAAAUAGUGUAUUGAAUGAGAAACAGAAACUAGAAAAAGCCAGUAAACUUCCCAAAACAAUUAUUCACCACUAUUGACAUAAGGACACUUUCUACCUUAAAGGGGCAGUAUUGCAUAUUUGCCAGGCACAUAAUGUCAUUUUACAGCACAAUAAAGUAACUAUUUUACCUUCAAUUGUUAGAAAACUGCUCCAUAUCCUCACUCCACCUUCAGCAUGUCAUCACAACAACAUUAAUUAAGCCUUUAAUGUUCUUACCAGUGUUGCACUGAGAAGUAGUUCCUAUGGUAACCUCAGCAGAUGAACAGCUCCAAAAGGUGUUUGCUAAUUGCUGCUGCCGCUAGUCUGGAGGAGCUGAGUGGGUCAGUCUUAGGAGAAAGGCUGCUAAAUAAGGCAGAGGCUCAGCGUGGAGACCAUAGCUCCCAGGAGGAGCUCUGUGGAAAAGGCGCAUGCACAGGGAGAACGUGCAAACUACGAGCAGAAAGGCUGCGAAGUGAAGCCACUACUUUGUUACUGCAAGGUAACAGCGUGGCCACUGUGCAGCCCAGUGUAUUAUUAUGAUCAUAUUAAUAUAUCAUUGAACAUUUUGACGUCACCGCCGUUCUCGACUGACGACGUCAGAGACGCAUCCGGGGUCUUUCGUUGCCGGGUGAUCAACAUCCGGGCUUUUUCACGUUACUUCCGUUGAAAACAACACCACGUGUGUUGCCCAUGAACGCAAUAGCUGUCACUUUACUACUAAAAGCAGCAUUUAUUUAACGUAUAAAUGCAGACUGGUUGAAGCUAGUUUGAACCAAAAAAGACGAGCUUCGGAGAAGACUGACUGCCAACCAUGAGUUUCAUUGAAUAUUCCGAUUUAAUCCAAGAUGGGGAUGUUGCCAUUGUUCACCUGGGCCACAACUCAGUGACAGCCGUCAAAGUGCAGCACGGCGCUCAGACACAGACUCGCUUCGGAGUCAUUCGCCAUUCCACAGACCUCAUCAGUCAGCGCUACGGCUCUAAAGUAACCUGUAGUAAAGGCGGGUGGGUACAUGUGCUCCACCCCACACCCGAGCUGUGGACCGUCACGCUGCCUCACCGCACCCAGAUUCUCUACACCACAGACAUCGCCAUGGUGACAAUGAUGCUGGAGCUGAAGCCAGGAUCGGUGGUCUGUGAGUCAGGUACCGGUAGUGGAUCCCUCUCCCACGCCAUCCUGCGCACCAUCGCCCCCACUGGCCACUUGCACACAGUGGAGUUCCACCAGCAGCGGGCAGAAAAGGUGGUGGAGGAGUUCAAGGAGCACCGCGUGGAUCACUUGGUGACCGUCAGGAACCAGGACGUGUGCAAGGACGGGUUUGGAGUGACGGGGGUCGCAGACGCAGUCUUCCUGGACAUCCCCAGCCCCUGGGAGGCAGUGGGACACGCCAAGGCUGCUAUGAAGAAGCACGGGGGCCGGCUGUGCUCCUUCUCUCCGUGCAUAGAGCAGGUUCAGAGGACGUGCCAGGCGCUGACGGAGCGGGGCCUUGAGGAGGUCAGGACCCUGGAGGUUCUGCUCAGAGUCCAUAACGUCCGACCCGUCACCCUGCAGCUCCCCGACUUCGGCCCCGACUCCGACUCUUCCUCUUCCUCCUCUCAGGCCGCAGAGGAGGCUCCUCCCUCUGCCGCUGCCAACCCCGCCUCCCUAAAAAUCAGGACCACCACUCCGCCCAGAGAAAUGCCGGGCCACACGGGGUACCUCACCUUCGCCACCAAACCCAGAACCUGAAGCCUGGAAGCCGCCGUUCGCUGCUUGCAUCAAGCUGAAAUUCAGACGAUUUUCUUCUGGAAUAUUCAGGAUGUUUAUUUUUAUGAGUUGUGAUUUUAUAAGGUUAAACUUUUAUACCUACUUUUAGGUUUGCUGAGCAUUUAGAUUUUUGUUUGUUUAUACAGGCAAUAAAUGAGUGAAAAUUGUUGAUUUUGGUUCUACAGCCUGUUGAACUGAACCAUGUAAGGAAGAUUACGUGAAAAACAAUAAAUUAACUGAAAGGGUUUUGUGUCUGUUACACGGCGCUUUACCAACUAUUUCACAUUUUAUCUCAUCUCAACAAUUUUAUUGGGAUUUCACAUCAUAAACUAAUGCAGAGUGUAGUUGGGAAAAGGACCAAGAGAUUCAUUAUUUUUAAAUUUCUUUUGCUAUUAAAUAUCUAAAACAUCUGUCAUGCAUUUGUGUUCCAGAACUUUGGAAUUUUAAAUUCUUCAUAAUCUUGGUUCUCUGGAAGAACAUUGGUACCACACUCACUCCUCCCUCUAAAUCUCCAUAUAACAGUGUAAACAACCACACAAUGUGAAUGUGCCGCUGCUGUAAAGCCUCAUAACAGCCGUUUGCAGUGUUUUAAAGAUCUGAGCUGUUUCAGUCUCUGCCUGUAUCCAACCAGCCAUCAGUCUCCCUCUGAAAGCUGCUAACUGGAUUUGUUUUCUUCCUCCCGUCAACCAGAACUCUUCCUCAGUGCAUGAAUUAGCAUGCUAACCUUAUCUGAAAAGUAAAUAGGAGCACUUGCCAAAAAUAAAGUUCCUGCCUACUGUAAGACUAACGUUGAGCUGCAUUUAUAGUUUUUCAGCUCAAAACAAACUGAAAUCUGCUCAGCUAGUGAAAGGAGCGACUUGUUUAGCUGCUGAAAAGCUUAUUUAUAUCAGGAGUUGCAGACAGACGUUUUAAAACCAAACAUUUAAUUACGUUAGAUAAGUUUUGUCUUUAAUGUCUUAAAUAUUCAGAAACAGAAAAUUCACAUUAUGUUUCACAACUUCUACUUCUGCUUGCUGAUUGGCCAAGAUGAAAUUCAACCAGAGAAAUCCAGCUGAACGGAAGAAAUCCCAGAUGGGGCACUGAAGGGAGACGAGAACUGAGCAGAAUUACAACAACCAGUCUAGUAGUUAUUGUUUAUCAUUUAUUGUGAUAAAUUUCUUAUCAGAAGAUUUUGACUUAUUGUUGUCAUAAUAAGUUCCUAUUAAUGAUGUAUAUACCUCCCUGCAACUGUCCUGAUUGUCGGGAUUGAUAGUUUUACUAUUUUUUCAACUGUUUGUUGAGUAAAAGCGUCAAUAAAUACCAAUAAAA